ACUGUAGGGAAAACUGAUUUAGUUUGUCGCUUUUAGCGCUUUAGUUUGUUAAGGAAAUAGGCCAUCCUCAGCUGUGUUUGUUAGAAACCAAAAAAUCUGAAUUUGCUCCAGGAUUUUUUGAGUUCUGUCGAGUCCUACCAUCAGCCACAUAGGUUUUUUCGAUUACGUACCAGUGUUUUUCCCCCGUUGUACCUUGACUCCUCCAUCCCCGAGUGGUGCCGUGUUGUGUGUCGUCACCUGCUUCCGGAUGGCAAAGUUACGAAGCAUCUUCAAAAAACACCUGAUCCCUAAUCUGGAGCGCAAAUGUCGCCUGUGCCUGUCGGAUAAGGAAAUCGUACAGUCGAUCUUCCAGUCGGACAACAGCAAGGAAACAACCGACACGCUAGUGGAGAAGAUCUUCGAAUGUACCGCAAUCAUGCUCUCCAAGGACUACGACUACCCCUCCCCUAUCUGCGAGGACUGUGCACUAAAGCUGGACGAGUUCUUGCUAUUUCGCACGAAAUGCUUGCGAAGCAACGAGAUCUACCGAUUCAAUCGACUACACAAGCAGCGGCUUCUGUUUACCAGGAAACCGGUCACGGCAGAGGACAGUGGUGGAAUACCUUGUGAAAAGCUGGAUAGUGAGUCUACUGCAUCAACAGACGAGCCGGAUGUUACUGGUGGCGUUGGUGGUGAUGUGUAUCCCAACGAGGCAAUUACUAUCCCUUUGCCCUACUCAGUUCCUGCCGUGGUUAUUGCCGAGGCGAGUGGAUCGAGCAGCUCAGACAGUCGGACAGUUAUCGAGCAGGAACGAUGUACUGCCGAAGGUGAUCCGGAACAGGAUCACAGUUCGAUCGUGACGCUAACGUUGCAAAACGGAGAGGAAGAAGUUACGGAAAGUCCCUCAAUACAACAUCAACAGCAUCAGCAACAAGAGAAUGACGUGGGAUGUAACGGGAACCAUCAAGGAUCGUCCUCGUCCGGAUUGGACGAACCAGAGGAUGAGGAGAUCCCGCGUUGGAAGAAGCCACCGGAUCCGGAUGAUAGUGAAAGCACCGGACGGUUAUCUCCCGCGCCCGUAGUACUUCUCGUGGAUGAAACGGACACUACCAUAAGUGAGGCUGAAGAUGUUGAGGAAGUGAUAAUACUACCUGCCGAGCUGCUGGACCCUUCCCCGACGGCAGGUGACGAACUGGAACGGGUGGAGAUGAUCGGAGACGUAAAGUUCCCGAUCGAAACGAUUGAGCAGCUCGACCAGCUGGAACGAUUAGUUCGAACGUGCGAUACGGCGAGGGAGCGCUAUAUCACUCUGCUGCGACGGCUGAAAACACACGAUACCUCGCUCAGUGACACAUAUCAACGGUUGUUUGCGGACCGGCUGCUGAUCCACUACAACUACGAUGGCAUCUCGCCUAAGUACAACAAACGACCACUGAAAACGUUGCUACUGUUCACGGAAUGUAUGGCUGUGGCCUGGGAGGACCAUAUGGAUGCCGGUAGGGUUAGGGAGGCUGUAAUUGAGGCUGUGAAAAAAUCCCAUAAUCGCUACAAUCAGUACAACCAUCGGAAGGUAAGGAUCAUUGGUCUGUUUGUUUGUAGAUGGUUCUUUUAUACUAAUUUUUCUUCAUAUUCCCAUUAUCUAAUGUCUUUCGUCUAGCGUGCCAGGUGAGAUAGAAUCUUAGUAAAUCCUUCAAGAAUUGCUUUUAAUUCUUCCCCUUUUCCUCUAAUUUCGAUUAAUUAUAAAGCUACGAAUGGUUAUAGCUGAAGAUACCCCACUAAGUAGCGGUUCAAGUGAGGGAGCAGAUGAAUCCACAUACUGCCAGCGAAGAAGCCGCAUUAGUUAAACGUUUUAUCAAAACACUCCCCAAUUCCCCUGAGGGGAGGUUUGUUUUCACUACAACAUUCACUACGACACAAUUUUCUAUGACACAAUACACAGAAUCGUACGGUUAUUAGAACGAAUAGCUAGAAAAUUGCUACCAAUAAGCAUGGUUGACUGUUGAGACACAGAGCAUAAUAGUAGUAGUAGUAGCAUAGAGAGUAAUAACAUAGACGUAAAGAGUGAGUACGCACAUCGUGUAUUUAGAGCGAAUCGAACCAACUACACCGCGCAAUUUGCAAUUACUAGUAUUACAAUGAUUGUAGUAGUCUCUAUUUAGCAAAAACCUUCACUAGUGGACUAGUGCGUGAUAUACUUAGGCAACAAAAAUAAACGACACUACUGACUGUAGGAGCUGAGUAGACAGACAGACAGUGACGGUAGCAGCUCGGAUUUAAGCAGCAACGUGUUCUUAGAGAAAUUUAAAACAAACCCCAGUGAUAGUUAUGUGAAGCAACAAACAAACGUACAAUGUACUAACGUCCUGCGAACGGAAACAGCGCUUCACUUUUAUGGCAGCCAUUAGCAGUAGUAGUAGUAGUAGUAGUAGUAGAAGUAGUAGCGAGAGCAAUACCAGUUAGAAAUUAUGUCAGUGUACACGUCAGUAUCACAUCUUUUCACGCCGUUUUAUCAGUUGCUGAUGAGUGCGUACUUUUGUUAAAAGUGUUCAUAAACUUUUGUACCUUUACAUAAGGCCUGCGUGCGUAUGUGUAUGGCGACUGUGAGAUGCCAUUUUUGAACCAUUUUAUUGUGUGUAUGUGUAUGUCUAGAUAGAGUGAUGUCAUGAUGAAAGGGGACCAGUAUAGGACACGAUCCCCCGCUCCCGUCUCCCAUCUCCCAGCCCUUAUGCUCCACUAAAACUCAAAUUAACUUGGGCACUGUUUGCAAUUUUAGCCUAUUUUAAAGUUUCAAAAAGAACGAGCAAUAUCUGAAUAAGCGGCCGUUCCUGCUGAAUAAACAAAACAAAUUUAACAACGUUUAACAAUAAUGAUAACAUGAUAAAGCACACUGUGAGUGAGCAUAAAUAACAACAGCAGCAAGAACAAACAUACAGCUGUGCACUUACAUAUAGCGUCCUUAUCAAAUCAAGCAAUAUUGCACUUGCAAUCGAAUGCAACUGAGAAAUCGAGCUGUAGGGACAUGGAGCGAGCCACAUUUUCACGAAUUUAUAUUUUCAUGUUUUCACGCGUGCACAAACGUAAAGCUACAGGAGAGGGGUUUACUUUUAAAAUGAUUAUCGUACUAUCAUGAGAACGGAUUUCUCUCUAUCUCUCUCUCUCUCUUUCUUUUGUUAUAAUGUAAAGGAAAAGCAAACUAAUACUGUGAGAAAGAUAGCAACACUACAAGGGAAUAAAGUGCAAUACAAUCUUCCACAUAACGUUACACACACACACAACUUACGCCGUUGGUGGCAUCGUUUCGUUUCUUUCAAAUACCGCUCCACGGGGACACAUCACCAAUUGAGAUUUUGUGUUCUUUUUAACGUUUAAUUUCACCUGUAAUUCUGUGUAUGCGUUAGUUCUGUUGCUUCCCCUAACAUCGGAUUACAUUGUAUCAUCAUUGAUUCUGUUUUAUGUAUUGUUACUGUUUAUACGAACUUUCCGGCUUUCCCUCACGCAGGCGUAGAUGGAUAAGACUGUAAGGUUGUAGUUGCUUUUCGGGACACAAUUUUUGUUUAAAAAGCAUUUCAGUAAAUUGAUUCAAAUCCAAAAAAGAGAAAACGAACAAGUUUUGCUGCUAACGUGCAAGACCUCUCUAUCAGGGACGGCGUAUUGUAAAAAAAUGUGUGGUAAAUGGCUAGCCGUAUUUCUAAUAUCAACAGAGUGGAAAAUUAUUCACACAGUUUCUCUAAAGGGACCUUCAAAAAACCCCAACUACGUACCGGGUAGCGCGGGUUACAGAGAAAGCGAGUAGAAUGUAACAACGUUCACACUUGAUCUCAAAAUUUUAAAAAAAUUGAAAAUUUACCACUUUUUACGCUCAUUCAUUUCGUUUUCAUAAAUUAAGUUCAUAGUUACAAUCACCGAAGCAGUGCAGCACUACAGGUUCGUUCAGAGGUAACAAACCGUAGCAAUGCAGGGGUAGCAAACAACUACAACGACUUUAUAGCGUGUUACGGUUACUGCUGGUUACAUUCACUUAUUGUUGGUUGCAUUACUGUAGUACAAAAGUGAUGAUCGGGGCAAAGGAAUUCACAAACAGAGUAACAAAAGUGAUUUAAAAAAAAAAGGUCAUCCACGCACUUUGCGGAGAGGACGAGUACGAGCUAAUUACAGUAGUUUGAGUUAGAAACGGAUCUCCCACGGUCAUAUACUUUACUACCUUGUUUUUUUGUUUUGUUUUGUUUUGCUAUGCUUUUUCACCUUAACGAAGAAGGAAGUGUGCUCACUCACCACCGUUCGCUCUCUCUUUCUCUCUUUUUGCCCUCCAUUCUAAAGAGCUUACCACUGUGCAAGCAAAAGUGUCGCAAAACACAAGCGCUACGCCAAACAGCGGUACGC